UUUGCCAAUUAAUUAAGAAUACAAUUUUGACAUUAUUUGAACGCUUUUGACGUUCUUAUAGACGAGUCUGCCGGUAGUUUUAUUGACCAUUCUCAAUAGGAUUAAAAAAAAAAAAAAACUUCCUUAAAGUUUAGUAUAGGUCCUACAUUUUCAAAUCUACCACAUGAGUUCAGUCGUAACUUCAAAUGAAAGUGGCCAGAUAUGUAAAGUGGCUUCGUAGCCACUAAUUAACGCGCAGCUCACAUGUGUAUGUAAAACCAUAUGUUUUGAGGGGUUCAGCAUGCGCUCUCUAUGUUGCCUUUCACAUGCAAUUAAUUUCCUGCGCCGGUGUGCCUCACUACGGAGUGUAAUGUUAGUCUGCCACGGCCAAAUCACUACCAUAUGGAUAGCUCAGUAUUUAUGGUGUGUGUGUUCCCAAACGUUCUCUCGGAUCUUUACAAUAAAUAGAUAGACGUCUGAAAUGCGCAUAGUCUACAGAAGACUGGGAAGAUCUGAAUUGGUCGUUAUGUGCGUUGAAUGAUACGACACUAUCCUCUAGGGGAGACGGUGACGUCAUGUUCCGGGAACGGCCGCUGGCCCACCCAAUAAAACGUGAAUGGAAAAGCAUGGCGAGUGAUUACUUACCUGCAAUGUCAAAUUUUUUGUGUUUUGGCACACGAAUCUCAAGUUUCCGGCAAUUGAAAGCAUUUUAUUUACAGCCCAUAUGUGUGCGCUGAUAGCCUAGAGGCUGUGUACUUACUAAGAUAGAGAGUGGUAAUUUGGGAGUCUCAAUGACACCUUAACAGUGGAAAAAUUCCAUCUAUGGACCCACCUGAGUAAAGUAUGUAAACUAUAGUUAGGGGAAUAACAUAUACGUAAUUCUCUUCUCAUCUCGGUGCAAGUGUGUGCUCCGUAUUGUUUUUGUUUCUUGAGGGAGACCCUGAAAUGAGCGGUCAAGAAAAAUGACUCUGGCUCUUUAAAUUAAGAGGGAGGGGGUCUUACUCACGGUUUGGCUGCGGUGUUUUUGUCUCGCUGUCAGUGAGAGCUGCUGGCCUUAGAUAUCAGAAGGGACCGCGAGGUGGGAGUAGGAGACACAGAUCACAGAAAUAGAAGAAGCCUGGAGAGGAGAGACUGGGGGAGGAGAGACCUUCCCGGCAGUGCUGUGAGGUGAACCGUGGGGUGAACGCGAGACUGCAGCCACGGGCGAAUCAUGGCUCAGGUGCUGCAUAUGGACCCCAGCUUCCCAGGGAAGCUCAACCCCCCUGCACCCCCUUCCUUGCACGGAAAGGAUGCGGAGGCCCCUUACUCUGUGGAGACGCCCUACGGCUACCGUCUGGACCUCGACUUCCUCAAGUACGUCAAUGACAUCGAGAAGGGCAACACAAUCAAGCGCGUGCCCGUCCAGCGGAGGCCCCGCUACGGCUCCCUGCCGCGCGGCUAUGGCUACACCGGCUCCUGGUGGACCUCCACCGAGUCGCUGUGCUCCAACACUAGCGUGGACAGCCGACACUCCUCCUUCUCCUACUGCGCACCGGGCUACCACCACCCCCACCACGCCUCCUCGGCUGCCGCCACCAUGCAGCGGCCCAGCUUCAGCGCGGCCCGCGUGGAGAGGACCCUGCUGGACGCCCGCCGCAAGCUGGAGGAAGAGAAGGAGAGCCGGCGCUUCUCCCACCUGGGCAGCAUGCACAGCAGCGUGGCCGGCUCCACCACUUCCCUCUCCAGCGCCCACAGCUACAACCGCUCCCAUGGUGGCGGAGGAGGAGGAGGAGGAGGAGGAGGAGGCGGCUCCUACACGCCAAUGAGCUCGGGGCUCUCCACGCCGGUGUCCCCGACGCCGGCACACCUGCAGCACGUGCGCGAGCAGAUGGCGUCGGCCCUGCGUAAGAUCCGCGAGCUGGAGGAGCAGGUGAAGACCAUCCCCGUGCUGCAGGUGAAGAUCUCCGUGCUGCAGGAGGAGAAGAGGCAGCUGAGCGUGCAGCUCAAGAGCCAGAAGUUCCUGGGCCACACGCUGGGCUUCGGCGGCGGCAGCAGCGGUGGGCGAGGGAGGCCCCGCGGCGAGCUCUACAUCGACAUCCCUGAGGAGGAUACCACAACGGCGGCAGGGACUAAGGCGACAGCGACCGGCGUCACAGCAGGCGCCGACAGGGCGAGCGGGGGGCUGUCACCCACUCCGCAAGCCGACGGCUCCCGGCAGGACUCCGGCUGCGAGAUCGAGGACACGGUGAUUGUUGGCGGGGCGCGACCCGGCGCACGCAAAGAGGUGCGAACCAUCGGGGUGGGGCCAGAGGAGAAAGAGGGGGAGAGGGAGAGGUGCUACCGGCAGGUGGGUGUCGGUGUGCGGGAGCAGGACCUAGGGCUGCUGCCCGAGACCGAGUCCCUUAAGACCCAGGUGAGUCGGCUGGAGGCGCAACUGAAGAGAGCGAUGCAGGAGAUCCAGAGCUCCCAGGAGCAGGUGGAGACUGCCCAGAGGGAGAGGGAGAGGCAGGCCCAGCUCCAGCGCCAGCCCCAGGCCGAGCACCCGGUCAAGGCCACCAGCCUGGGCUGGCAGGAGCAGCAGCAGCAGGGUGGCGGCAGAUUGACGGGGUCCAGCCUGCAGACGGUGGUCAGCUUCACCCAGCAGCCCCAACAACGCGAGCAGAGGACCGUGGGCAUCCAGGUGUAUACGCUGGAGCAGCCCAUGCUGGUGAGGGCGCAGGGGGGCCCCUCCAUUGCCAGCGCGCCCUCUGGAACCGUCCUGGAGGGGCCACUCAGGGGCCAGGCGGAGGCUCUCAGCCCAGAGGAAGGGCCCCGAGAGCUGCCCAUCGCAAUCAGCUCCAAGCAAGUGAGAGAGGUCCUUCUGAAGAGCGAGGUGUCCUCCUCAGUGCCUGUCACCAGCCCUGUGGCUGUCAUGGAGACCAAGUGCCAUCAGGUUACCCCCUUGAAUCAGGGGUCCAAUGAAGAAGAGGCUUGUCAGCACACAACUGUGGAGGUUCUCCAGGCGGAGGAGUCUACUAAGCCAGCCUCUCCCCAGUCCACUCUGAGAUCUAUUAUGAAGCGGAAAGCAGACGGGGAGCCUGGCUCUCCCACCACUAAGAAGAAUCUACAGUUUAUCGGGGUGAAUGGAGGGUAUGAAUCCACAUCCUCGGAGGAGAGCAGUAGCGAGAGCUCAGAAGAUGAGAGCGACACGAGUGAAUACCACGAGGCCCCUGAGAAGCUUCCGGAGUCUGGAGCCCGACCGCCUCACCCUGAGGCCACCGGUCCGCCUGUGACUGCAGCUGCCCAAGAGCCUCCCUUCCCAGAGCCCCCGCAACAGCUCAGCACUGCCCAGCCAACGGCCAAUGAGCCACCGGUUCCUCAAAGCACUAGCCAAUCACCUGUCACGGAUGCAAGCCUUCAACAGACUGUUAGCCUAUCACCAGCCACUGCUGUGGCCACAGGGCACUGUGCCACUCAGAUUGUAGCCACAGCCUCUGUGCCACCUCUAGCCAGUGGCAGCUCCUCUGGGCAGGGAGAUGCCAGCCCUCAGCAGACUGCCAGCCAUGGGUUGGUCCCCGACACCCAACGGCCCGCUGUCCAACCAGCUUCCACUUCUCCACCUGCCUCGGAACAGACUGCUCCCCAAGCCAAACCCACUGACUCUAGUGCUACCCAGUCAGAUGCCCAAGAGCUCACGACUCAAACCACUUCCCCCACCCCCCAGCAGCAAGCUAGCCAAUCAAAAACCACUGACCUUACUCCUCAGCAGGGAGCCAGCAAAUCACCAGCCACAGAUUCCAGCUCCCAGCAACAUACAAGUCAAUCCACAGCCACAGAACCAGCAACUGGGAAUGUAUGCUCUGCAUCGUCAGCCAAUCAGGAAAGCAAACUGGAACUUAGUGAGAGCCUGAUAACAGCACUUCAUACCCUUCAGAAAGCUCUUGGUGAACCGAAUGCAUUCAGCCAGCAGGAGGCGCGGACAGCCUACACUACGGUACUUCAGGAGUGGCUGCGUGUGUCGUGUCAUAAAGGCGCAGACACAGCGGUAGUUAGGGCCUACAUGGACGCCUUCGCCUCCGUCUCUCCCCAGCUGCUGGAGUUUGUCGUCAACAUGGCCGACGGAAACGGCAACACUGCCCUGCACUACACUGUCUCUCACUCCAACUUCCCUGUGGUCAAACUACUGCUGGACACUGGCCUGUGUAAUGCAGACAAGCAGAACAAGGCCGGCUACACAGCCAUCAUGCUGACCGCUUUGGCUGCCUUCAGCUCCGACAGCGACCUGCAGACCGUCCUCCAGCUGCUGCGAACAGGGGAUGUCAAUGCCAAAGCCAGCCAGGCGGGUCAGACGGCUCUCAUGCUGGCGGUGAGCCACGGUCGUGGGGACAUGGUGCGGGCGCUGCUCUCCUGUGGUGCCCAGGUCAAUCUCCGUGACGACGACGGCUCCACGGCGCUCAUGUGCGCGUGUGAGCACGGCCAUGUGGACAUCGUACGGCAGCUGCUUUCGGUGCCCGGCUGUGACGCAACACUGACUGAUAACGAUGGCAGCACAGCUCUCUCCAUUGCACUAGAGGCCAGUCAGAAUGACAUCGCUGUGCUUCUUUAUGCACACCUCAACUUUGCAAAGCCUCCGUCCCCUGUGUCACCAAAGUCCCCACUGUUGGGCUCUUCUCCCCCUACUGGUGAAAUGAAGUAAUGACAGAAGAGAAUGGAUUUAGUGUAUUGAACACAACUUCCACCACCAUUUCCUCAUGCAUUCCACCAUAAUCCUGUGCGUGUGUGUGUACGCACACGUGCAUUUGAGUAUGUGUGCGUGUGUGUGUGUGUGUGUGUGUGUGUGCAUACCCCUGUGUCUCUAUGUGCAAUUUUGAAUACCCGCAUUUCUCAUAUGUGUGUCCGUGUGCGCAAAUCGAUAUAGUAUGUGUGAUAUUGUGUUGUCUAUAGGACGUAUAUAAUGGAAAUGCGCGCACAUAUGCAACAAAGCACUUGACACAACACACAUAAGUCUUUUGGAGACACGUAUUUGUUUUGUCUGUGGUGACAAUAUCAAGGUGAGCUCUCUCAGAUUUGUCGUUUUGCUUGGACAGAAUAUGGGCUGAGUCAUUAGGUUGUGUUUGUUUGCAGUGGCAAUAACAUGAUGGAAUCUAUUCUCACAGGCUAUUCAGCGAUAUCAGUACACACAUUCAUACCUGUUUCACGUCCAUAUCAGUGGAGUAAAGCAGGAGGCUUUUAAUAAGCAUUAGACAUUACACAUACGCUGUUGUAGUCCAUGUUUCAUUUGUAAAAUCUUUAACUUGUAUCAACCAAUAUGUUUAAUUGAGCGUUUUUCAGUCACGCGGAUUCUGUUGCAUACGAACGCAUCAGUUGUUUCACUGUACUGUCAGGGAGUUUCUGUUUAGGUGUCGAAACAGACAUCAAAGUGUCCUUUUGAAAUGCAACUGCCUUGAGAGUACUCGGUGGCACCCCAGCAUCCAGAACUACUCAGACAAACAAACAGAUAACAAGCCAUUUCAGCACAAUUACAAUAUGUCUACAGAAAGGACCUUUAUUUUUAAUGCUUUGUUUGUACUAUUUUGAUAGCAUUUUUAAGCCAUUUUGAAAAAGUUACAGUUUUAACAAGAACAACACUUCUCAAGUCCUCUCCGUUCAUACUGAAUUGCAGUACACUAUGCUUUUAUUGAAUAGCAACCUCAAGGAACUGCCUUAGUGUGUUGUCAUAACAGCGAUCCCUCUGCAAAAAUGGCUGAACCAGACAGGUAGUCAGAAUCAUAGAGUGUAUAUAAAAGUCCUCUUUUUUCCAAUCAUUGUUUAGUAUCUAACUCUCACAAGUUCCCUGGAUACGAUGGUAAUAUACCUAGAAAAUUGGCUUUCCCAAUAUUGAUGUGGUGUUUGAAUUUCUGAUCAAAAAUGGAAUGUGAUAGAUUGAAAAAGUAAAAAAAUAAAUGUAAAAGUUAAUCCUGGGAUACCAGAUACCAGAAGUGACUUCAAGUUCAUUGGUCAAUGACAAAUCCGUAAUAAUCCAUUAAGGUACUAGAGUAUGAGGAAGAGCGGUUGAUAUGAGGCUUUUAGCGGUUUGACUUUGAUAUGGAUGGUGAUCUUGGGUCGGGCCAAGGUGGUGUCAUUGUUUGGUACUGAGGUCUUUUCUGGGCCCUCCAUAUCUUUUGGCAGCUCAGUGGUCAUCCAUGAUGAGAGAUGUUCUGGAACCAGAAAGUGGAAUCAAAGCUAAAAAAAUAAUCUAUGAAGUAUGUGAUGAGUACGAAGGAGUGAAGUAUACCCAAAACAUUUAGUUAAUAUAUGUCAUCAGACUUUAGGAAGAAAAUGGGUGAAUCAAACAUUAGAGAAUUAUUUCAGUAUGCAAAAAGACAUAAUUGGAUUUUUCUGGUAACUGAGAUUUAGAGACAUGCGUAGCAGAGAAAGGAAAAUUGUGUCUAGGUUUUUUGUUAACACUCCUAGAUUUUUUCACAUACCUUUAUAUUUUGGACUAAUUGGAUUUUUUUCUAUAUUUUUUUUCUACAUGUUUUCUGUAUUUGCCUUUAUAUCUUUAUAUUAGUAAUAUCUCUUCACGGCUCUGUAUGUCUGUAUAAGUCAUAUUUGCCUUGUUCUAUACCCGUACGUACUCACUUUUUACAUUUUGUUUGGAUUUUAUGUUUUUUGAAAAUAAACCUAGACCUUUACAA